GCAAACUAGAACCUAUUUAUGGGAAGAAUAGCAACUCCCCAGACGUCACACAACCUCUCCGGCGAUGGCCAACUCUCAUCUCCGGCGACCGGCUGCCGGAGCGACGGCCAAACCAUCCGUCAAGGGCCUCACAAGAUCUACCCGAUGGUCCUCCCUAGCCAUGUUGGGAGGAGAGGAAGACGCUCAAGUUUAUCUCAAAAAGGAGGGAGAAGAUUGGAUCAGCAGUUUGCCCGACGACGCUCUGCUCAACAUCGUCGAGCGACUCAGCAUCGCCGAUGCCGUGAGAACCAGCAUCCUCUCCAGACGGUGGAGGCCGAUCCCUGCUAUGAUCUCCAAAAUCUGUAUAACGGUUGAUUCGGUCGCCCCUGGGCACGACAGGACCCGUGCUGGCGUGGCUCAGGCCAAUGCGGCCGUGCUUCGGGCGACAGCAAGCCUUCUGGAGGAGAGGACUACAAGCCCAUACCCUAUCCGUCAACUGUGCUUGCAAUUCUUCUUGGGAUAUGGUUUUUUUAGAAUUUUCUGGAUCGUUGCCGACGCCAUAGCAGCGCACAAGGUUGGGCUGACCGAGCUCGAUGUCUUGACAAGGAAGGAAACUGAACAAUUCACCGCUGGCAAUAUGGUUGAUAACGGAACGGAGCUCAACAUAUUUCUUAAACAUUAUCCUGCCAUAUUAAGUGGUCUCACACGACUCAAGCUGUAGAAUGUGAGGCUACCUGAAUCAGACUUGGCUAAACUUUUCGGACUAUGCAAGCAACUGGAGUUCCUCCGCUUGGACAACUGUGACAUGCAUUUUAUAUCCUUGCUAGAAGUGGAACACCCGCAACUCCGUGAGCUUGAGAUUCUCAGGAGUAAUUUUGAGACGGUGGAUCUGAAGUGGCUGCCAGAGCUCACAACGCUGACCUUUUCUUGUUGGCUACCUCAACAUGAAGAUCCUUUAUCUUUUGGUCAUGUCCCGCUGCUCCACACCGUCAGCAUCAGUAAUAAGGCUGGCUUGUCGCACAAGAUGCUCAAGUUAAGUGAAUUUCUUCGCAAAGCAACCUUAAGCAACCUGCACGUGAACUUCCAAAGUGAAAAGAUUUGGGUUAAACCUGAAGGCCCCAGAGAAUUGUCGCAGGUGUUCAACAAGCUAAGGCUUGUGAAUCUGGCUGGCAUUUCAGAAGAAUGUGAUCUGACUUGGACGAUGUUCAUUCUACAUGGUGCACCGUCCCUCGAGGAGCUAUGUAUUAGGGUCUGCGACUGUUUGGGGAUAUGGGGGAAAAAGGCGCUCAAAUGUAGCAAGGAGAGGAAGGACGCAGAUGCAAAAUGGGAAACGUCUGCAUCUGAUUUCAAGCACCACAACCUUUCAGUGCUCAGGAUCAUUGGGUUUCAGUCAGAAGAUAAGUUUGUGAAUUAUGUCACAGCUGUCAUGGAAUCAGCAGUCAAUCUGAAGGAAAUAUACCUGCAUGAGAAGCCAGUGUGCGAGAAGUGUAUGUAUGAUCACCGGCCAAAGAAUAGGUACCCGCGGACAAAGAGCCAGAGGACCUUGGUUAGUAACAGUUUCGGCAUGGAUAUGCGCCCGCUUUCAACUCUUCACUUCCCGAGUUUAAGAGAACAGUGUUAUGGUUCUGCUGGGAAGUAA